AUGUCGAAAGAUGCUCUACUGAAGCACAGUAGCACUCGAAGGCGGUCCUGGCGGUGUGAGCGGUGUGGUUGCUGGCUAAGCAUGUCAGCGUCCGCCAACUCACCACAACCCGCUCGACUGCGCUUUUGCGACGCUCGAGCCUGCUCUUGGACGUCGCUGAGCCACCCUAGACUGUCCCCGCCCGGCCCCGUCCGCGCCGUCGCCCCGCUCAUCCUCCUCGCCAUGCCUCCAGUCGGACAGGUAGUCAUCGGUCCUCCAGGCAGCGGGAAGACGACCUACGUCUGGGGCUUGUACCAGUUCUUCACCGCGCUCCGCCGCCCAAUCCUCCUCGUCAACCUCGACCCAGCCUCUCCCUCCCCUCCCUACCCACACACACUCUCCAUUUCCUCCCUCAUCACCCUACACGAUGCGAUGGACGCUCACGGACUCGGUCCAAACGGCGCCAUGUUGUAUUGCCUCGAGUAUCUUGAGGCGAAUGUGGAGUGGUUGGAGGGCGAGUUGGAGAGGGCUAUGAGGGGGUUGGAGGAGGAGGGGGAUACUUUCCAGGGCGAAGAUGACGAGGUGGAUGAGGUUAGUGGAGGGAAGAGGGAGAGGAGGAAGUGGAAGAGGGACGAGGUGUAUGUUGUGUUCGAUACGCCCGGGCAGGUCGAGUUGUCGACGAAUCACGGGAGCCUGAAGCGGAUCAUCGAGGCGCUACAGAAGCGGAUGGGUUUCCGGUUAGCGGCGGUCCACCUAAUGGACUCGACGCACAUCCUCGACGCAUCUAAAUACGUCUCGGUCCUCCUACUCGCGUUGAGGACGAUGCUCCAGCUCGAGCUGCCGCACAUCAACGUCUUGAGCAAGAUUGAUUUGCUGGGUCAGACGGGCGACUUGCCCUUCAACCUCGACUACUACACUGAAGUUCAAGACCUGUCCUACCUCCUCCCGCUCCUCGAGCGCGACCAACGAACCAAACGCUUCUCGGAGCUGAACCGCGUCAUCUGCGAGAUCGUCGAGGAGUUUGGAUUGGUGGGGUUCGAGACGCUGGCGGUUGAGGACAAAGACUCGAUGCUCCGCCUCGUUCAAGUGAUCGACCAGGCGCUGGGCUACGUUCCUCCCUCCCUCUCAUUCCUUCCCUCCACCUCCUCCUCGCCUCACACUCACCUGCACUCCCGCCCCUCCGACCAACACGCAACGCACCACCACUCGGCCCCUCACCCCUCCUUCUCUCAAUCCCAGCCUCUCUCAUCCGGUCUUCACACGUCCACGAUCCAAGAGAAAUGGGUUGAUCAUCCGAAGGAGUGGGAGGAGUUUGAGAGGAGUAGGUGGGAGAAGGAGGGGGAGUGGGCGGCGGAACGGGCGAACGAGAGGGAGAAGAGGAAGGCUGUGAAGGAGGCGGAGGGGACGGAGGGGAUGGAGACGUGA